UAACCGCGGAAAGUUUGGUCCUUUCCCGAAACCGGUUGCACUUCAAGUUUCAUUUCCGACUUCCUGGGACAACGAUUCUCAUAGGCCCUAUUUGAAAGGAAGCUGUUCAAAUCUGGCGCCCUCAUUUGCUUGUCUGCUUGCGAUACUUAGCAUUUACCCAUGCAUGAUCUUCCGCCCCCGCCAUCUAGGACAAUCCCCAAUUUCGUGUUGAGGGUGGAGGACUUAUCACAUCCUGGAGCAUCGAUCUUCUUCGAUUGCGUCAAGCCCAAGGAAGCACUCAAGCUCGCAGUUGAAGCAUCUUAUACCUGGCUGUAUACCCCGCUCACGGCCCCAACGCACGUCAAGACUAUCACACUCGUUCUCAGACCAUUCGAUGGCGUGGCGUAUACUUGGGGCACGGAUGAGACGAAAGAGAUCAAUUUCUCCCUCGAUUGGAUCAAAUCAUCAGAGGCUCGGGCACGAGACGAAAUAUUAGGCGUGCUGGUUCACGAGGUCGUGCAUUGCUAUCAAUACAAUGCAAAAGAGACAUGUCCAGGGGGUCUUAUCGAGGGUAUUGCAGAUUUUGUCAGGCUGCACGCUGGUUUUUCACCACCACACUGGAGGCCUAGAGCUGAGGAGAAGUGGGACGCAGGGUACGAUGCUACGGCGUACUUCCUCGACUGGAUUGAGAAGCGCUGUGGCGAGGGGACUAUCCGAAAACUUAAUGCAUCCAUGAAGGAUUCGAUAUACAGAGUGACACUCUUUGAGAAGGUGACUGGAGAGAGCGUGAGUUCCCUGUAUGCACUGUAUCGUGAACAUCUUAAACAGACGGGUAAGAUAUCUUAUGCAUGAAUUUUGAUAUACGAUACUAGUGAUAGUAGCAAAUAUUUGGUGGGGAUACCCGGGCCGUGGUUGGUCGUACUAUAGCUACGUCGGCGGUUAACGCAACUUGCAAAUUGAACUGAUAGACUUUAAGACGCAGGAUGAAAUUGAUUUGGAUGUUAUUGAGCCUUUGCUCUCAGUUGCGAGGGAGAUUUCGGUCCGCUCCGAUGUUUCUCCCCGCACGAUUAGCCAUGCAGGCCUUGCAUGCCCUGCUACGUUGAAACAGCGCAGGCGUGGCAACAAUCUUGUUUAUGAGGGGCAGUGGUGGAGUAUCGUGCGUGCAUAAAGCAAUUAGUCCAUUGUCAUUGUGAGCCUAGGAGGAAGCGUAAUCCCAGUUCGUUCAUGUUUCUGGCAUCUA